GUGUGUGUCUGGCUGAUGCGCUUCAUUCAAAGCCACAACACGCGGACUCUCCAUUUCUCUCCUCGUUUGCAGAUGAAACUUCGGACACGGCGCUGAUCGCGGGAAGUUCUCACUUGCUACCAAAAUGGGAAACGGCUCAGUCAAACUGAAUCCCUUCAUACACGUCAACGGCUCGGCCAAAUCCAAGGUCAAUGCAGAGUCCAACGGUGGUUCUCAGAUUCUUAGGAUGAAGGUGGAGGAGCUGGAGUCCCAGCUGAAGAAGAAGGAUGAAGAAUUGAAUGCCCAGCAACUCCAGAUCAAACAGCUGGAGGAGCAGCUGGCCCAGCAGAACCAAACCAUUGCUGACAUCUCAGACGCUUUAAGGAACAAAUGUCUCCAGCUCAGCAAGCUUCAGGAAGCAUUGAAAAAUCAGGGAGAUUUGGAGCUCUUGUCUUCGCCCACAAAGGCCAAGUUCAGUCAGCGACUUAGCGGCCUGUUGCGAGAGACCCUCAACAAGAGAAAAGGAGCUAAAGCUGGGGUUUCUGCAGAACCUUCCUCCAGGACAUAUGACUCAAGCAGCAUGCCCAAGUUCUACUUCGAGAGUGCAAGAGUCUGGAAAGAGCCAAGUGUGAAGAAGCUCCUAACGGAUGCCUUGAAUAAGAAUCGGUAUCUGAAGAGGCUGGAAGGACAGCAGCUCAAAGACAUGGUGGAGUGCAUGUAUGAGCGAACCUACCAGCAGGGAGAGUUUGUCAUCAAGCAAGGCGAGCCAGGGAACCACCUUUUUGUGCUGGCUGAUGGUAACCUAGACGUCUAUCAGAACAACAAACUGCUCACUUCCAUCGCAGUCUGGACAACAUUUGGUGAAUUAGCCAUUUUAUAUAACUGUACCAGGACUGCGUCAGUCAAAGCGGCCAGCAAUGUCAGGACCUGGGUCCUUGACCGAGAAGUCUUUCACAACAUCAUGCGAAUGACUGCUGAGGCGCGGCAUGAGCAGCAUCGCAGCUUCCUCAGAAGCGUUUCACUUUUGGCCAAUCUACCAGAGGACAAACUGACAAAGAUUGUUGACUGCUUGGAGGUGGAGUAUUAUGACAAAGGCGACUAUGUCAUCCGGGAGGGAGAGGAAGGAAACACUUUCUACAUUAUUGCCAAGGGAAAGAUUAAAGUAACCCAAAGCACAAAGGAUCACGAUGAGCCACAGGUCAUCAAUACCCUCCAGAAAGGAGAUUAUUUCGGAGAGAAGGCUCUCAUCAGUGAUGAUGUCCGGUCAGCUAAUAUAAUCGCAGAUGAGGAUGGUGUAGAGUGCCUUGUGAUUGACAGAGAAACAUUCACUCAGACUGUUGGUACCUUUGAUGAACUGAAAAAAUAUCUUCAAGGCUAUGUUGAGACUCUGGCCCGUGAUGACAAGAAGAGAAAUGCAAAGCGGUCGGGGAGCAGCACUCCUCCCAGCUCGCCCCUGUCCCUCGAUCGGAUACAACUCAAAGAAAAAGAUUUAACAUCCUCUAUAUCCUUCAGUCACCUGGAGAUCAUUGCUACCCUUGGAAUAGGGGGUUUCGGCAGGGUCGAACUGGUUAAAGUGAAGAAUGAGAAUGUGACCUUCGCUCUGAAGUGCAUUAAGAAGCGUCAUAUUGUGGACAACAGACAGGAGGAACACAUUCACUCAGAAAGGAGAAUCCUGAGCGAAACCAACUCUUCUUUCAUUGUCAAGAUGUACCGCACAUUUAAGGACAGCAAGUAUGUGUACAUGCUGCUGGAGGCGUGCCUGGGUGGAGAGAUCUGGAGUCUGCUGAGAGAUCGGGGAAGCUUUGAUGAGAACACUACCAAGUUUUGUGUGGGUUGUGUGACUGAAGCAUUUGAAUAUCUCCACAACAAAGGAAUCAUCUACAGGGACCUGAAACCUGAGAACCUUAUGCUGGACUCAGAUGGAUAUGUAAAACUGGUUGACUUUGGCUUUGCCAAGAAGAUCAAGUGUGGCCAGAAGACAUGGACGUUCUGUGGAACUCCUGAAUAUGUUGCACCUGAGAUCAUUCUGAAUAAAGGCCAUGGCCUCAGUGUGGACUUCUGGGCACUGGGAAUCCUAAUCUUUGAGCUUUUGACUGGAAGCCCCCCCUUCACUGGCUCAGAUCAGAUGAUGACAUACACAUUCAUCCUGAAGGGCAUGGAAAAGAUGGACUUCCCAAAGAAGAUCACCAAAAGGCCAGGGGACAUUAUUCGAAGGCUCUGCAAACAAAACCCUUCAGAGCGACUUGGGAAUAUGAAGAAUGGAAUAACAGACAUCAAGAAGCACAGGUGGUUUACUGGCUUCAGCUGGAGUGGCCUGAAAGCCAGAACUUUGACCUCCCCUCUUAAAAGAGAGGUGAAGGGGCCUACAGACCACAGCUAUUUUGACAACUACCCUCCUGAAGAUGAGAUUCCUCCUGAUGAACUUUCCGGUUGGGACAUGGACUUCUAACAGCCUUUCUUUUCCCCUCCC